AACAGGGCCCCUAAGGAGCCCCCUUAUUGGAGGGCUCCCUGGGAGCUCGCUCCUGAUUGGCCAGCAGGUUGCCUCCUUGCAACUGGCUCAACUCAAAGCACAGCUUGCACUCACGCAGAUAAACCACGCAUUCUCUGUUGGUGGCCGAUCAGCUACCUUGACAACCAACUCCAACAUAUCUACUCCCUACAUACCCACUACACCCCCCUCCCCUACUGCUGCGGCCAUUAAUCUCCUCAACCUUCUGAAGAUUGUGAACACCAUGUCUCAUCCCCUGUAUAACCCCUAUGCUUCUGCAAACCAAAGAUCCACCCAGGGGCAAUAUGGACUCCCCGGUGUACAGGCAGAGAGAGACCCUCGAAGGGCAUCCCCUCAUAUGGGGCCCGGCCCCAGCUCUUCUGGAGCUUCUUCUGGGACUUCCGCCAACUCUGGGGGGUUGUUUCCAUCCAUGGGUCCCCAGUCAAUGAACUACAGACCUGAACGUGGUAGGCCCACAAUCGAUAAGGACAUAGAGAGGUGCAUAGACAUGCAUAUUAGCAGAGCCAGAGAGGAAGUGAGGCGUCUCGGCACACCAAUGCAGCAGCCUACAGGUCAAGGCACUUACUUCAACUCUCAAAGGGAUGAGUUGCUCUCCUCAGACACAGGGGCGACCUCCUGCUCGAUGUCUUCAACCUCUGCCUCUCUUGGACAUUUUGCUAGACAUUCAAAAGUUGAAAGUGGCAGUGGUUCUUUGGACGUGUCAGACUACAAGAGACCCACUGCUGAUAUCCCCUCUAAAUUUUAUUCAUCAUCCACUUCUUCAUCCUGCUAUGCAGAUAGUGGUGACUGUAGGUUUAAUACCUCCAGUGGAAGAGAACGUGAUGUGUCCAUUCCAGGUUUAGGAGAUUAUGACUACCCAGUGCAAGACAAACCUGCAGCCCCUACAGAGCCCAGUCGUCCCAAAUACACCUCAGAAUCUGCUGCCAACAUCCUUAUGCACUUAGGACUUGAAAAAGAGGACUUGGAACAUCUCAUUGCCUACCCUGAAGACCAGACAACACCUGCUAACCUGCCAUUUAUUUUGCGCCAACUCCGCAUCCAGAAAGCAAAGAGGGCUGCAAGUCAGUCAAAACCACAUCCUGAACCCCCACCCACCAGAAGCAUAAGUGGAAUGGACAGUUUUAGUAGUUCUGGAGGGGCAGGAAUACGCCAGGAGGAGACAUCAUCUUCUAUUCUCCAGCCAAGUAAAGUGAUUGACUAUGGACAUAGAGGCAAAUAUGCUGGAGGAGUUGGAGCUGAGAUUGGAAGGACCAGUGGCAGUAGACCUAAUAGUGGUGGGAUGAAGGACACUUUUGAAAGUGGCAGCCAGAAUUGGGACCCACUGCAAAAACAUACAGUAGCAGCAAGAAGCAGUACCUUGAGUUCUUCCCAUGAUCAGGCGAGUUCUCUUACCAGUCUGAGCUCUUCAUACAGUUCAAUACUAAGUUCUAUGGCCUCCUCAAGCAAUGACCCAAGCAAACGAUUGAAGACCCAACAAAACAAGACUCCUCAAGAAACCCUCAGCUCUUUCUCUCUCCCAAAGAAAGAUACUGACAUCAGAAUUUUCAAGACUGAAGCCUCCAAACCUGUUCCUUUGAAAGAACCAGGGGUCAACCAACACCCUAAGCCAAAAACUCAAACAACCUGCACUCUGCUCCGCGGUGUGCAUCCCAGCCGACCUGGCCUCGUAGUCAUUGGCAGUAACGACAGCAGCGGCACUAAGGAUCAGCGUAAAACUGAAGUACAAGGUUCAGCAGCUGCUGAACAGAUAAAAAAGCAGCAGCAGUUACAGUCAGUGCAGCAGCGACAGCAGGCGCAGACUCAGCAGCAACAGACAGUGCUGAAACCAGCAAUAUCACAUUCGCAGAUGGGGCAGACAGUAUGGCCAACAGUUCUGUCUGCAGCAAAGCCAGUUCCAACAGUUCCCGUUGUUUCUCAUAUCCCCAGCAUCACUGAUGUCGCGAGGCGUCCAUUGUUUAACCCCAGUGAUCACCAUCGAACCGUUAUGGUUCCUCCAGGACCAUCGCAACCAAUGCCAAUGAACUUUGUUCAUACAACGCUGCCAUCCACCAACUCACAGCCUCCAGCAAAGGUGACAGUUUCCAAGGGUUUACCAACGCCAGCCAUGAUGCAUGACUACGCUGCAGCCUCGCCCAGAAUCUUUCCACAUACCUGUGUUCUCUGUAACAAAGAAUGUACUCAUAUGAAGGAUUGGAUCUGUCACCAGAACACCAGCCUUCACCUUGAGAGCUGUAAACUCCUCCGCAGACAAUACCCACAGUGGGAUGGUGAGGUAGCUGUCGGGCCAAGAGUUGCAAGCAAAGACAUCAAGCCCUCUCCCUCAACCUCUGCACAUACUACGAAGUAUUGUCACCAGAAAACCAGGCAUGGCAGUCGCUCCCGCUCCCACUCCCCGAGUCCACGGCGUAGCCAUGACUCAGAUGGUAGAAGGGAGAAACACAGGAGCCGAUCACGAUCACCGCGCAGCUCCAGAUACGCUCACAGGUCCCGGUCUGAUUCACACCAUCGUUCUCGCUCCAGUUCCCCUGCCUCUUCAUCCCACUGCCAUCGCUCACGUUCAAGAAGCCCUGAGAGACGAUCAUCAACACGAAAAGGCUACGAAAGACGAUCGCCAAGGAGGAGUGAUGAGAGACGAUCAUCACCAAAGAGAAGCCGUGAGAGACGAUCGUCACCAACAAGAAUCCACAACAGGCGUUCAUCACCGAUGAGGAGUGACGGCAGACGAUUGUCACCAAGGAGGAGCCCAGAAAGACGGUUGUCACCAAGGAGGAGCCCGGCACGACGGUUGUCACCAACGAGGAGUCAUGAAAAACGAUCGUCCCCAACAAGGACACAUGAGAGAAGAACAACUAACAUCACCCCUGACAGGUCAUCCACCCAGCGAAAGAAGUCAAGCGCAGCAGACAGACUGGCUAAGAAACUGCUGGAAACAUCAGGUGUCCAAUCCCUGUCAGACCAGUCUGAUCUUGAUGCUGUGGUUAAAAGUCUGGCUCCUGCCUUAAUGGCUGAGCUGAAAAAGAUGAAUUCCUCCCCCUCUACUUCCAAAGGAAAACGCUCCUCACCUCCACCCUCUACAAGCGGAAAGAAAUCAUCCUCUGCUGCUGCUUCUUCUUCAUCCUCCGGUUCUAUAGCAAAGAAGGAGGUGACUAAAGAAAAGAUCAGCCAGCUGAAGAGUGAGAGUAGUUCCUCUGCAAAGGCUAAGGCUGGUAAAUCCUAUCCUCCAUCUAUGGUGAUACUAGAAAAUGUUCAUAGUUCCAUCUCCCACGAUGAGGUAGUCACUUCUAUGGAGCACUUUGGAAAAACAAAAUCGGUUUUAUUGUAUCGUAAAGUGCAGGAGGCAUGUGUGCGUUUUGAGAAAGAGGAAGAUGCGCAGAAAUUGAAGAGCACAAAGAACCUCACCAUAAAAGGCAUUCAAGUCUGUGUUUUCAAACAGAAGGUGACUGUUUCUAAGGAGCCUCUUCAGAGCAAACCUACCACAUUCAGUGUCUCCACACCUAAGAGGCCUCCACUUACAGUGCCUAAUAAGAAGAUUGCUGCCAAAGGUCAGGCAACUGUCACUAAAGCAAAAGUCUUGGUUUCCAAGGCAAAAAAUGUCUCAACAAAGAAGAUUGCCAAAAAAGUAAAACCAAGCAAAGUAGCUGCAAAGGGAGCUGUGACAAAGGUUUUUGUAAAACAAAAGCCUGUGGUUCCAAAAAAUCCAUCUGAAAAAUCUGAAAUCACUGUUAAAGAAACAGCGGUGGUGCCAAAAGAAACAGCUGAGUUUGAUAAAUCAGAAAAUACAUCUGUUGCUAAAUCAAGUAAAGGCACCAAAAUGGUCACUGAAGAACAGGUCUCUGCUUCCAAGGUGGAAACAGCCUCAUCUAUGCAGAAACCCAAAACUCCACCAGGCAGAUUGACUGCAGCAGGAGCCAUGACCAAUGAAAAGGGAGAAGGAAUGGCUACAAAGCCCCAAAGUAAAACAUCCAAAUCUACAGCUUCAGAAGAUCACCAUGAAGUACAGACUUCUAAGCUGAAAUAUUCUCAUACCAGGAUUCAACAAUCUGUGAAACCUGCAGCAGACGUUCAAACAGCAAAUAUGACAGUUUCUGAACCUAAGCACCAAGCAGAACUUUCCAAAGGUGAUGCUGAAGCAAAAGAGGUCAAAGACACUGAAUCUACGGAGCAUGGGGUUAAAGUCGCGGAACCUAUGGAGCUUGGGCAAACGGGAGUGAAAGUAGCCGAGCCCAUGGACGUUGAUAAUUGUACCGAGGGCAAUAGUGAAAAACCAAUGGCUACAGAGGCUGUACCUGAAAUUCCAGCAGCCAGAUCCAUUGAGAGUCAACCACUUACCAGUAUUGUUGAGACUCCAGAGUCCACUGGACAAGAUCUUGAAACAAAAACAAACACUUCACACAUGGACAGGCAGGUGGCACGAAGCCCACUUCAAGCUGCUGACAAGACAAUGUUAACAGAUGGAGCCAUCAACACAAAAACAAUGCGAAAAGAUUGCCUCAGUAGAAAAAUCUGCUUCUCACCACGUUUUUUCAAAUGUUCAAAGAAGCAGUUGCUCAUAACCGACCUGCCUAAAUAUCACGAUGGCUGCUACACUGAGGCGGACCUCACCCAGGUUCUCCUGCCUUUCGGAUUUCGUUAUGAUGAAUCCACCAUCCAUGUUUUUCCUCAGGCGUGCAUGGCUUUUGUCACAAUGCCAUCACCAAAAAAUGCACUGGAUGUGAUUGAAGCCACCAAAAUGAAGUCUUUCAUUUUCAAGGAAGUUCCAAUUGAAGUGAAUGUCUUGGCCAAUUGCAUCCCAGGGACAAGGCCUUCGGCUGAUAACGGAGAGAGAACUAUCUUCAUCCUCAACAUUUCUCCAUCUGAGGCCCGGAACCUCAGAGAAGCUUUGAAAAAAAUAGGUUUCGUCAAAAAUUACCUGCUUCUUCUCAACAAGGUUUAUGUAGAAUUUGAGUCAAAUGAAGAUGCAGAUCGGUUAGGAAUUUGGUACAGCCUCCUGAAAGAACAUCCUGGCUAUGAAAUCUACAGGUUGAAAGCGCCACACAGUGCAUCAGUCCGACCAAGACUUAUUGACAAAGCUCUGCCGGACAGCAACAAUGUUGUUGCCAGAGCAACUAUCCCAACAACAACGGGUGAAGUUCCCCAGGGUAGCGUUUCACCAUUUUGGGUCACUUUGAAAUCGAGCCCCUUCCUGUUCCCUACCACAUCUCCUUGGUUCACCAUCCCCAAUUUCCAGACAGUCAAAGUAAUGGAAGACUUUGAGAAGGCCAACCGUCUGGGUUACAUAUUCCCAACAAUCAUGUUGACUGGAUUGCCAGAAGACUACUACAGACACGAGGACGUCGCCAAGCUGGUCUGGCCAUAUUUUACAAAGCGGAACCUUCACACCAUGUACUACAACAUCAUAGUCCUCCCGCUACAGAGGAGGGCCUUUGUGUAUUUUGAGCAUAUGAAGGCGUGCAAUGAUUUUGUCCGAGACCAGAUAAAAAAUCCGGUUUCUGUCGGUGGCUACAGAGUCUUCGCUCACUUCCUCCAGGAAGACAUGUAUCCUGCAUCCACAGAGGAGGACAUGUACCACACCAUGAUGAAACUGAACAACAUUUGCGGUCCAGACCCAGAGUCUCUGGCGGAGCGGUUGCUGUGUGUGGAGACCUCUCGGACGACUCAUGACGUCAUUUUAGCAGUUAUGGAAGUGGUGGCAUCGUGUGCUCCUAUUGUCAGCUUCCUGCCGCUGGGCAACAGGAUAUGCAUUGAGAUGGCAGACUCCAAUGGUGUAACGCAGGUGAUGGAGAAACAAGACACUUUCACAAAGACCUGCCCGAUUCAACCAACAAUUUGGAGUAAAGUUCAGCAUUUUGAAUCUGUGAAGAGCCUAAAACAGCGUCUACAAGAUUCAAGUGAGACCACAAUAAACCUCAAAUUGGACCCACCCAUUGUGAAAUGUCAAACCCAACCUCCUUCUAAACGUAUGAAGGAUGGAUCUCAACUUUCUCUGACUAUGAGUAGCCCUGCGUCUGCUAAACUAGUAGAACCUGCUGGAUCCACCAUUUCCUCAUUGGUCUCAGAGGAACCAAGCACUACCACUGUAAGUGACAUUGCAAUGAAGGAGGAGGAUAAGGAACCAGAAACUGAGAUUGCAGUGGACUCCUGUGUUGGUCCUAAGUCAAAUGAAGAAGUAGAGAAAACAGAAAUAAAGGAGAAGGUGGGGUCACCACCAACGACAGUGUCUAACGAUGAUGUGAACCCUACCUCUGCAAUUGAGAGUGGAAAGCCGGACACCACUGAUUUCAGCCCUGCCCCCUCAACCAAAGAGGUCAUGCCUUCAGAAAACGUUGCAGAACUUCCUCAGAUUAACGCAGACAUUUUCAAGGUUCUGACAGCAGCAGUUCGGCAGCACAGACUCACAAUGGAGAGCAGGGGGCAGAGCAAAGAGAAGGAGGGUCAAGAUGAAUUUACAGAUGAUACCAUUUCUUCAGAUGCUUACAUGUUUGAUGAGCUAGAUUUCAACAUGGAUGACUUUGUCACUGUUGAUGAAGUUGGUGAUGAUGUGAGAGACACAAGCCCCAACCCACAAAUCUCAGCCAAAUCCGCUUCCACAUCCAAACAGUCCUCUAGAGCAAAAAGUGAAAUACAACGCUCUAGCUUGUCAUCUGCUGCCAAACGGACUUCAGCAAGGUCCUCAAAAGACUCAGCCUAUUCCUCAUCCUCUUCAUACUAUUCAUCCAGGUUGAUUAGAGACUCCUCAAAAAGCAGCCCGUCCUCAAGCUCUUCCUUUGCGUCGCCAAAAAAGUCCAAGGGCUCAUCUGAGCCCACCAAAUCCUCUGCUAAACCCUCAUCCUCUGCUAGUGCCAGUAAGGCCUCUACCUCUUCUUCUUCACUGUCUGCUGAAACCAUCUCCUCCCCUGGUCAGAAAACACAACAGAGAAAGGCAAAAUCGCCAGCAGCAUCAAGCACUACUUCCCCGAGCACCAGGACCCAGACGUCUACGGCUGCAGAUGAAAGGGAAAAGAUAACAGCAGCAGUAACUGUCGAGUUAUCAAAAGAAAAUUGUAUGGAACCACUUAGAGGAGUAACCAAAGCUGCAGAGAGUGCAGUGGCAAAAUCUGACCACAAAGUGUCAGCAGAGGGAACUCCUGCAAAAUCUGAUGAGUCAGAGAUAAAAAUAGAAACCUCAUCAGAGAUGCAGCCACCUCCACAAGGACAAGGGUUAGACUUGACAAGCCAAGACCAGAAAGGCUCACCUUUCAUCAGGAAGGAUCCUCAAAGUCUGGAGAUUGAUUUUAAUGAUGACACAAUGAAAGACCUGAAGACUGUUAAAGAGGGAAAGAAGGAAGGUUAUGUUGAAAAACAUACAGAAGAGGAGGAGGAGGAGGAGGAUGAACAAUAUCAAAUCCUCGAUUCACUUGAUGACCAAGCAGAUGAACAAAUGGAUGAUGGGGACCAAGAUGGGAGCUGUAAAGCCCAGCUAACUGGACCUAAGGAAGGCCAGACUUUGCAAGAGGAACGCUAUCAGGUCUUAGACAGUGUCAACGAUGAAGCGAAAGCCUGCCCAGAGGAGUACAGUGAUUUGGAAAUGGACGAUUCUUUCCAAGUGCUAGACAGUGUUACUGAAGACCAAGCAGCUACAGGUCAAGAGGACAGUCACCUGGUUGAAGAUGACGAUUCCACAGUAAAACCGCCAUCUGAGGAAGAUGUGAUUCCAGUAGUCGACAAAUCAGAUGUUACAUCUGCAGUUGAAAAUGAGGCAAAUAACGAAGGAAAUUUCCAAGUUUUGGAUACAGAGAACAAACAACCUCUAAAAGGCAGCAGAGAUGGACUGAAGAGAAAAGAGGAAGAGGUCAAAAGCAAAAUGCUUUCAGCAGAAUUCUCCAAAGUUUCCAAAGAGGAUGAAAGUCCUGAUGGCCAAAUCAUAAAUAAAGACCAUGACAACAAAGACACUUUCAAAGACCGUGACAGUGAUGAAACCUUUGAGAUAUUGGAUUCAGUUGAUAAUCAAAUGGCAACAGACGAUGACAGACAAAAACUCAGCCCACACAUGCCUGAAAUGUGUAGGGACCAGAUAUCUAAAGAAGACAUAGAAGAAGAGGAAGAUGCAUAUCAGGUGAUUGAUUCUGUGGAAGAUCAACCAACGACUACUGAGACGGAGUCAGAGAUUGACUACGAGGACAGAAGAACCAGAAAAGUGGAGACAACUCCUCGAAAAGAUGAGAAACCAACAAGGAGUGGCCUCACAACCAGAUCAUCCAAAAAAGAAGAGAGGGAGAAGUCACCAAAGAAACACGAUAAGCCGGUUAGAAAGUAUGAAACGAGAACAAGGAAGGACACCACUACAGGAGUUUCUAAAAAUGACAAAGACCUCAAAGAAACCCCUGAGGAGAUAGUGUAUGAGAUUGUAGAUUCAGUUGAAGAUGAACCAAUUCAAGAUGUCUCCAGUGCUCCUCCUUCUGGUAUAAGAAGGAGUGCAAGAGGAAAGAAAGAGGAUAAACUGACAGAGAAUCUCACAGAAGUGUCUGGAAAGCCAGACAGAGAUGAGGAGGUAACAUAUGAGAUUUUAGACUCUGUGGACGAUGACACUGCCAAAGAUGAACCAAUAAUCACAACAAGAUCUACCAGAGGAAAAAGGGAAAGAACAACAAAGACAAAUACUUUCAAAGAGGACACACCAACAAGAAGGAGGCACACUCCUGCCAGAGAUUCACAGGAAAGAACACCAAUGAAAGAAGAGAGAAUGCCUCUAAAAGAGAAUACAACAACAAAGAAAAGUGACACUGUCAUGAAAGAGGUAAGUGAGGAGGAGACUACCUAUGAAAUUGUAGACUCUGUAGAGGACGAGAUUGUUAAGGAUGAUCCACCCGCUACAGGAAGAAAAGGAAAAAGGGGAAGACCAAAGAAAGAGGUUAAAAAGGCAUCAUCAAAGAAGGCUGAUAAAGAUUCAUCUGAAAAAACGUCAGAAGAGGCCACAUACGAGAUUUUGGAUUCUGUGGAGGACGAGGUGACUGAUGAUCAGCUCCCCACGGACCAGUCUGAGAAUGCAAGAAAGGAAACAAUUGCAAAAAACAGCAGAAAAUCACCAAGAAAUGAGGAUGAGGAGGACGAACCUAUGUAUCAGAUAGUAGAUUCUUUGGAAGAUAAUCAAGUUCAAGAGGCGCUGACGACUUCAAAGGAGCCUGGUAAAGGGAGCAUGGAAAAAAGUGAAGAUCAAACUCGCCGAAACGGGGAAGGAAAAACUGCAAAAGAUGACAUAUUAACACAUUCUACUGCUGCAGCAGAGGAGUCCGAACUGGUGGUUUUCAAGGAAGCGACUCCAUAUCAGAUAGUUGAUGAUUUAGGGAAGGUAAAUGAUGAUCCAUCUGCUGCAGAAGAGAAGUUGAAGCAGGAAAGUACACCUAAAAAAAAACAAUCUCCAACAAAGACCCAAAGAAAUGGGGAAAAGGUGACUCAUCAGAAAUCACCAAAGAAAUGUCACGCAACAGCUGCCGCCAGUGCUUUACUGAAACUGGACGAAGUAAGCGAGGAAGAGGAGGAUUACCCCAAUGACACAGCCGAGGAGGAAGACGUGAGGAAAAGGCAAGCAAAAGAGAAGCAGCUCGAUGAAGUAAGCGAGGAAGAGGAGGAUUAUCCCGAUGACUCGGCUGAAGAGGAAGAAAUUAGGAAAAGUCUAGUGGCCGUAAAAGAGAAGCAUCUCGCUAAGCAGCACGAAGAAAGGAAGACCAGGGAAACGGAGGAGAGGGAGCGAAGGAGCCGGAGCAGCAGCAGCAGCAGAGAAGGAGGAGGAGGAGGAGGAGGCAUGAGGAGGGCGAUGGAGAGGGGGAAGGAAAAGGAGGAGACAGUAGAGGUAGACACCAAAGAGCUGGUAACUCUGGAUGAGGUGGGAGCAGAUGAGGCCUUAGAGGAAAGAGUACUGGAGAGCCAAGAGGGCAAUGGAGAGAUCACAGAGGCGGAGCUGCAGGCGUUGGUCACUCUGGAUGAGAUUGUAGAGGAAGAGGAAGAGGGAAAGGCAGAGCAAAAGACAGCAGAGUCCCAUCCAGCCAACCUGGAGGACGAAUCAGUGGACUCCUUAAACCCAGAGACUUUGGUGACUUUAGAUGAAGCCGGCGAUGAGGAGGACAAGAAGGCGAACGAAGAGAAAGCUGUGGAAACCUCCAGAUCUGCGAAACGCGAGCACGAUGAAGACACAGAGGAAAAUGUGAACUUUGUAACAGUGGACGAGGUGGGAGAGAUUGAAGAGGAGGUGGAAAAGGAAGCAGUAACAACAAGGACAGGAAGCAGAGCCAAGAAGAGAACCAGACAGGCUCCUGUGAGAAAAUCUACUAGAGGUAAAAAAGUGAGCGAGAAAGAGGAAGUAAAAAAAGAAGGAAAGGAACCUACUGGCACUGAUGCUUCACCUCCUGCUUCACUUGACGCCUCCUCGACAUCAGAUAAACCCCCUUCGACUGACAGCCAGGUGGAGAUUCAGAAGACAGAUGUGGAAAAAGAGAUCAAAGCUGCGUCUGCUGGGCCUGAACUGAAACUGGAGCCUCCUAAGAACCAGAACCUGGAAGGAGUUGUGAGUAAACGGAAGAGCGAUCUCAUCGGACCUGAAGUGAAGCGAUCUCGUUCUCAGUCUCCUUGUGUCCCAGCUGACUUCAAACUGCCACCAUUCAAACCAAACAACCCCCUUGGUCUGGAGUUUAUGGUCCCUAAAUCAGGGUAUUACUGUAACCUCUGCUCUGUUUUCUACCUGAAUGAGACGACAGCGAAGGACGUCCACUGCAGCAGCCAGAAACACUACGACAACCUGCAGAAACAUUAUCAGAAGCUUCAAGUGAAACCAUCAAGAAAUUCGACAAAACACUCUCACAGCUCCAUGUCAGAUUAAUUCUAUACUACAGAUUUUAUUUUAUUAUUUUUUUAUUAGAAAAGAUUAAAAAGGAGAAGCUGAACAAGUGAAAUGUUUGCAGCUUCAUGAACUACUGUGGACUGAUUUAUAUAUCAUUACUGUUUUGAGCCUUUCUUUCAUGUAAAUGUUGUUGAUAUAUGUAUAUUUUAGCAUGAAUCGCCCCACCGGGAUUCAAAUCAGUUUUUGUGCCUUGCUCUGCCUUUAAUUGCACAGUUAUA